GCAGUUCCGUUCCGAGGAAGCCAUUGGCAGACUUCACUGCUGGCAUUCCGGGCAUCCCUGCCCAUGAGAGCACAACCAAAGAAGAAGAAGAAAGUGGAUGUAAAGAGAGAGCAAGCACAAAAAGAUCGUAUGAAAAAGAAGAUUAAGAAGCUGGAAAGAGCCGCCCCAGAAAUGAUUCCAAUUGAGGAUUUUAUAACGCCACUUAAGUACUCUGACAGCAACAGGGUGAGAAGUCUUCCCCCUCUGUCAUAUGAGGAGACUGAAAGAAGAGUUUUACUUAUGAAAAAGUGGUGUUUGUUUAAGCAGAAACAAGAUAAGGCAGAAAAGCAAGCGAUUCGGAGCCUCGUAGAAGCUCAACAAGAGGCACUCAAGGAACUGCGCCUUGAAUCCGAGGAGCUGUAUCAGGCAGCAAUCCGACGAGAUGAGGGGCUUUUCCCCUUUGAGAGAGAGGGACCUAAUUAUACCCCACCGCUUCCUGGCUACGAUCCUCCUGAAGGGAAAUGCGUUGAUAUCACCAAAGUUUAUACGCACUGA